AAGUAUGUGUUUCAAGAUAAAUACGUUGCAUGCAUGUUUAACAUACGAACUGUAUUAACGUUUGAAAGAAAACGAAUAGAACUACGUUAUUGUUCACACUUAAAUUCUUACGUUCCUUCUUAUUGCAAGGAACAAGAACAAUCAGACUAACGAAACAAACGCCGAGUUUAUGAAACUAAUAAUACUUGUGUUCAUGUCUUCACAUCGGUCAAUGCGUUUCGUUUGAUAGACACGACUCUGAGAGAUGCCUCUUGGUGAGCGCGUUCAAUUGUGAUAUUGAACAGAAUUCGAAAGAACGCUAGUAUCACUUCCGCGCGCCUGCCGUCUGGAUUACUGAAGUGCUUGGCUGUUUAAUAUUGAUUGAGAUUGUGGUUUUCAUGAGAAUCUUGUAGAAGAAUACUAUUACUUUUAAUAAAUUCGUGUUUUUUUGUUCAUGAUAAUAAAUAAAUCAAAGACCACCGUUCUAAAUCAUUUUCAGCGCAAAUACGAAAAACCACAACAAAAGGAUAUUUAAUGAGGAUAAAUUCAUAUUAGGAUUUUUUAUCUGCGCCGUCGUCUGCUUGCAGAACCAGGUUGAAACUGUCUCAGAACGCCUUACAACUGGGUCUGAGACACGAAAAUCACGUGCGAGAUCACGUCGUCUGCUCUUCCGGUGGACCGCAGAAUGCACCUGGUGGGCAAGGUGGCGUUGGUGACGGGCGGUGCCUCGGGAAUGGGACGUGGCUUCGCUGAGGCGCUUCUGAAAGCUGCAGCUAAGGUCUGUAUUGCCGACUUCAACGCCGAGACGGGUGUUGCCACGGAGUCGGAUCUCAGACAACAGUACGGACACGACAAUGUCAUGUUCUCUAAGUGUAACAUCACGUCUGCGACGGAGUUUGAGGCUGUGUUCAAACGGACAAAAGAGAUAUUCGGUGGGAUCGAUAUAGUCGUCAAUAACGCUGGGAUAGGAGGGGAAACGGACGAGAAAUGGGAACAAACUGUAGAUGUUAACAUGAAGGGGACCCUACGUGGACUGCGACUCGCCAUGUACUACCUUAGUGCGGAGCACGGAGGCCGCGGGGGCUGCAUUGUCAACGUGGCCAGUAUGGCGGGUUUGAAUCCGAACCCGUUCUCGCCUGUGUACGGCUGCACUAAGGCAGGAAUCAUUCACGCUACACGAUGUUAUGCAGUAUCCGAGGCGGCCAAGAAUUCAAACAUCCGACUCAACUUGCUGUGUCCGGCGUUCGUAGACACGCCCAUGUUUAGACGGAUGGCGGCGGGGGACGCUACUCAGACUAUCGGUGGGGACCAAACAGCCGUGAACGCGUUCAUUGAGCGCAUUGGAGUACUCAGCACAGAAGAUGUUUCGGCGGCAUUAAUUGACAUUCUCAAGGAUGAAACGAGAAACGGAUUGAUUUUGCGUUGCGCGAAAAAGACUGGGAACGUUUACAGCACGCUUACCGUACAAGACGUGUAACAUAAUUUCAUGCAUCGUGUAACGGAACAAAUUGUAUACUAAAAAGCAAUCGAACAGCGGAUUUGCGUGUAACCAAAUAUCGUUUAUGGGACAGAACCUAUUGUUGCGUACAGCUGAACAAUGGACGUGGAACAGAACAGUGAGAAUAAAAUGCAACUGAAAAAAGGACGUUGUCAAAACAUCGGCUCUACAGUCCUUGGAAAAUAUAAGUUUAUUCUGCCAUUGCUGUUAAUUUGUACAUGUGUAUAACAUUCGUGUACACGGGAAGUCAUUAAACUUAAGCGAAUAAUGACAGCUCGCAUAUGAUGACCGUAAUGACCAAGAAACCCAAGUUGGCGUCCAUAAGUACCAGGUCACAACUUGCACUCAAAUCCUAACAGAAACUUGACAAGAAGGCGAGAAGGUUGAGAAGGAUCCACAUUUCUAUAGUAUUACUAUUAAUACCGAUAUGAUUAUGUGUCAACCGACAGGGCUGAAAAAACUACGAGUGUUAGUGUUUAAUAUAUUAUAUAUUGUAUGUAGUCUUUUACAAUUAUUUUUGUGUUAACAGAGUUUAUGAAUUCAUAUUGUACAGAGAGAACAUAUCGUUUUAGAAAAAUCUACCGGUAUGUGCAUAUAAAAUGUAUUGAACAAGAACAUAACAAGUGUCGAGUCUUGCUUUUAUAUUUCAAUGUGUUUAAUGCAUAUGUCAACAGUAAGUGAUACUUUAUAUACCCAUUUGAUUUGUACAUUAAUGUUUUAAGUUCUCUCAUUUUAAAAACUGUUCAUUUAAUUGCCAUUAGUAAUUAGAAAUUUUUUUGGAAUUGAUUAGUCAUUGCAUGUGAAUAUUUUAUUCUUACACAUUUGUUAACAGAAAUAACUUCAAUAGUACACACUCCUAUAGAAAUGACUGUUUUAAAGAAAGAAAUAGGUGUAUUUAGGAUUUCUUUAUUCGGAAAAGCUUAAAUUAUGUUCAUUGUUCAUUCAACUUUUAACAUACCAACAAA